AAACUAACAACAUGGAGUCCGGUGUUUAGAGUGCAAAGGCGGUCUUCAGCGUUUGCUAAACCUAUAUGCUUUUCCCGGUGCUCCUGAGGGAAGGCAGCGACGCUCCGGGACGCAUAAAGCGCAACGCACACAUGCUCUAUAAGCGUCAGUGCGUGUGUACCACUUGAAUCCAUAUAAGACAUGGAGAGCGCGACGUGAUUGGACGCAGAAGAUUCCAAAGACAGGCCGCUUUCCAAAUGGAAUUGCUCUUCAUAAUGUAGGAAAGGAGAGGUGGACAGCAGUUGUACCCAAGCUAGUGCACCAGGGGACCAUGGAACCUGAGGAGGAUAUCUCGACCAGGGAGCCCCAAGAUCUGAUGUCCAGCCAAGGGCUACUGCCUUCAACAUCCACCUCCUUACUCAGCUGCACAUUCCUGGGGGGGUUAUUGCAUUGUGAUGACAUGGAGAAGGGUGAUGGAAAUGGAGAUUCAGAUGGCCCAAAAUGCUUUUUCCCCACACUGGAGCAUUGUAGUAAAGUACAGAGAAGUCCACGAUCUUCAGCCUUCCCCUCAUCUCUCACAUGGGACUCGGACUCGGAGAAAGAAACCUUGGACGAGGAAGAACUUCAGCACUUUUCUAACCCUCAUGGUCUGGCUGCUCACAGCCCAGGAAGUCCCACCUCUGGACAACAAGAAGACAGAUUUGACAUUGAUCCGUGCCAAGAACCUGUGGAAACCAAGCACUUAUUUCUUGAGAAGAUCCCACUUGCCCCCCUGAAGGUGGAGAAUCAAGGAGAUGUUACAUACAAGGAGACGAAAACUACAGACUCCAGCCUAUCUAAACGUACAGCAAAACUGGAACAAGACAAAGUGAGCCAUCUACCAGAUACUGCACCAAAAGAGGGAUGCCAAAAAGACAAGAAAGAUGAGCAGAAAAUGCUUAAUAGUAGAGGGCGAGAAGAGAAGAUCACCAAAGAGCCAGAUGUAUACACCUUCCCAGGAGACUCUGAGCCAGAAAGUCCACCACCUGGACCUUGGGCACACUGCACCUUCAUCCAACGCCGAAGAAAGAAGAGGGCCAUAUUGAGGCCUUUCUCUGGCUUAGACACUUGGCAGCGCACAACGGGAGCCGGCAGGAAGACCAGAGGAAAACCCUCAGGAGCAAAGGAGCGUAAGAAAACCACAAAGGUUGGGGAAGGGAUGUUUGAAUUUAAAAAGGAAAAGGAAGAGAAGGUACGGGGAAGACAGUGGUCAGUAGUAGAGCACCAACUGGAUGGAGACCUCUCACAAGAGAUUUUUACAUGUGUAGAAUGUAGCAUUUACUUCAAAAAACGCACCCAUCUACUUGAACACAUGCAAGAGCAUGGCCAGGUUGGUAGAUCUGGGAAGAAAUGGCAAUGUGGAGAAAAAGACUCUACGAGUGGACAUCUUAAUAAAAAUGCUUUUGAAUGUAUAGAGUGUGGUCUGGAGUUUGUAGAUGAGGUACUCCUGCUAGAUCAUCAGCGAUGCCAUGAGGAGUCACGGCAGAAAAUCCUUGAAGAGAUUGGAAAAUUAAAAGAGGGGGAUAAGCAGGUGGCAGAGCAAGCCAGUUGCAGUAAGGCAUCAGAGCCAGCCUACCAAGAGUCAACAGAUGUUAGUCAGUUUGUGUGUCUUAAGUGCAAUUUUAGCUCUGAUUUGCCUCAAGAACUCGCUGACCAUGCCAAGACGCACAACACUCGAACAAGAGCUGGUGUCUAUCGAACCUCACCCCGCUUUCAACAGAAGUCCUGCAAGAAAGGACAAGUUCAGUCCUCUGCAGAUAUUACGCCAACUCUUGUCACAUCACCUCUCAACAAGAGGUACCCCAUCCGGGCAUCCAAAAAAUCUAAAGAAACACAGCCCGAAAGUGGCACUUCACAGGUGGACUCUAGUUCGUUGUCUUGUCAAAGUGCUUCUGCAACCCCAGGAGAGGCCACAGAGCAACCUGAUAAUACAACUCUGCACGAAAAUACAGAGCCUGCGGAGGAGUUGAGACAAACAGAAGAGCCCAGGGCAACUGUGGAUAAUCCUGUGGAAGAGAAUGUUCCACAACCUCAGCAUCUCAUGUCGUCUCCGCCAAAUCCCAGGGCUGCUCCGCGGCGUAAGGAUGUGGCAUUCAAGAGUAUAGGGAAUAAACGCUCAGUCCGGGCCGCGAGGGGUAAACUGGGGCGCACAAGAGCGAGUACAAGACUAGAUCCUAAGUCCACCCUUACUCCCGUUAUGAAAAAACAAGUCCAAAUCUCAAACCAGACCGAAGAUAAGUGCCAGAAAGAAGACAUUCCAACACCAGAACCAGAACAUGAUCCAAAACAAGACUCCAAAACAGAGACGGAGCCACCUGCCAGUGAUCCUGAUCUCAAAGCCAACUCCUCCUCGCCAAAGAAGAACAGCAAAAAGCUUGAAGCACAGGAGGAGGAACCCAAACUCAAAGAAGACAAAUCUGAUAGUCAGGAGAAGAGCGGAGAAGACACACUUGUUGCUGCAAAACUAGAGGAUGAUGAUGAUGAUAUUGAUGAUGACGAAGAUGAAGAGGAUGUUGUUAGUCGUCUUAUUGAUGCAUUAACUGAGGAAGAUGAUGAAGAUGAUGAUAGAGAGGGGUUGUUGAAGAAUGUGGAAAGAAAAUGCCCUUAUUGCCCAGAUCGAUUCCAUAAUGGCAUUGGUCUAGCCAAUCAUGUUAGGGGUCACCUGAACAGAGUGGGUGUCAGUUACAAUGUUAGGCACUUUAUCUCUCCGGAAGAGGUCAAUGCCAUUGAGAAGAAAUUCUCCUACCAGAAAAAGAAGAAAAAAGUUGCCAACUUUGACCCAUCGACCUUCAGCGUAAUGAGAUGUGAGUUCUGCAGUGCCGGCUUUGACACCAGAGCUGGUCUCUCCAGUCAUGCCCGAGCCCAUCUCAGAGACUUUGGCAUCACCAACUGGGAAGUCACGCUUUCUCCCAUUAAUAUUCUUCGAGAGCUUUUUGCCAAGCAUCCAGAUCUUGUUCUACCCACUGCACCCACUCAUACUCUCCAGUCAAGUCAAGAGCAAAACUCUGAUGAGGAGCAAGAGUGCAGGAAAGACAUGAAGGAUGAGGAGAACAUGAUAGCAGAACCCACCACUCUUUCUUCUGACUCUCCAAAACGGCACUGGAAGGAUUUCUCCGCCUUUAUUCGGUUCGUCACGACUUGGUGCGUUAGUGCAUGUGUGCGGGGCAAAAUGGCUGCUUCCAUCUCCCCGCAGACACAAACAAUAGCGGAAAAAUUGUCUGACUGUAGGUGCUGUAAUAAGUCCGAUGCGCUGCAGCCGCUGAAUGAUGGGGAGGAGGCAGAGGAUGGGGAAGAGGAAGAAGAGGAGGCCCAAAUGCCUGUUACAGAUAAAUUGGCCGCAAGUCCAGGAGAAAAGACCCUGUUCUCUAUUGAGGAACAGAACCCUGAAUCCAAAGAGACAGACGCUAUGGGCUCUAACCUGUUGAAAUGUGAGUUUUGUGGUGCUGCCUUUGAGACACGUCGUGGUUUGUCUAGCCAUGCCCGCUCUCACCUACGCCAGCUCGGCAUCGGCAUGUCAGAGAACAGUGGCGCACCCAUUGAUCUCCUCUACCAGAUCACUAAGGAACGCUCCAUUGAUGCACACUUCACUAGCACCUCCCCUACUGUGGAAUCUCCUAAGAAGCUCCAGCACCAUGCCCCUAUUGUUCCUAUACCUAGCCCCACAAAAGAUGUUGAAACUGAAGAAGGACUGCUGGACACCAAGCCCCUUGUCCCGUUCUCUAUUGCGGGUUCCGCUAUUAAAGUUUCCUCUUCCCCAACUACUCACUCUGCAGCUGGCUCCCUGCCUUCCUCUCCAUUUGUAAAGUCUCGGUCCCCUUCCCCAGUGCUGAGAAAGGCUCCCAUCUCUUCCCUCCUACCCGUGUCUUCCCCACUGCGAUCCCAGGAGCAUAAGACCUUAGGAAAGAACCAGUCUACAAACCUCUCCAGUCCGAACAAACCAUUCUGGGCACCGCAAGAGUCGGAUGCCCCAUUGAAUCUUACAAUGGACAUGGACUCUAAAGACAUUAUUUGCAAGUUGUGUGGUGCGUGGUUUGAAACAAGAAAAGGCCUCUCGAGUCAUGCUCGUGCCCAUUUGCGCCAUUUUGGGAUUGAGUACUCAGAAUCCAAGGGCUCCCCCAUUGACUUACUCAAUCGGUUCAUCUUGACUGAUGAUUUUAAGCACAGAGCAAAUUCUUUUCUCUCAGACGGUCCAGAAGACCUGAGGUCCCACAAGACCAGCAUGACAUCCCUCUUACCCUCCACUUCCACUUCCCCUAAGAGAUCUCUUCACUCCAGCCCUGUCCUAUAUAAAACAGCAACCUCUUCUUUGAGGACAACAAUUGGCUCCAAAGCUACCUCCUCUUCUACACAUCCCUUAUUGGGCCCACCCCCAAAGAAGCUGAAACCCUCCUCGUUACAGGUCCUUCGUUUCAGUAGUGGGGAAGUGAUGUCCUUUCCUAUAGAGCCGAUGAAAGACGUGGGCUGUGAAUUCUGCGGAGAACUUUUUGAGAACCGCAAAGGCCUCUCCAGUCAUGCUCGCUCCCAUCUGCGCCAACUUGGGAUCACCGAAUGGUCUGUGAAUGGCUCACCUAUUGACACACUAAAAGAGAUUAUAGUCCGUCGAGGCCUACCGUCCAUCAUACCUCUGAAGUCCCCCAAAUCCCCCUCCUCUUCUCCGAGUCCUGGACUGCCUCGGACCGCAGUCCAGUCCUCUUCCCCACCAGGGAAUGUGCUUGGGCGCCUGCCUUUCCAUUUUGCCCAAACUCCAAGCCAUGACCAGCCUGCUACCCGCAAAAUGUCUCCUUCGACAUCUACUACCAGUUCUUACCCAACCGUAGAGCUGGUUAAACCGAAACCAGAGCCUGAAAUUGUAGAGGUUACCAUGAAAGGAUCAGACAUGGGAGUAAAUGAAAGCUACAACCCAGAGCCACUACAUUCCAGUUUAAACACUUCAGAUACUGUUUAUCCAGUCAACUUGGUUAUGACUCAGGAGAAGGAACCUUCCCGUGAUAUUCGCUGUGAAUUCUGUGGCGAAUUCUUCGAAAACCGCAAAGGCCUCUCAAGCCACGCACGUUCUCACUUAAGGCAUAUGGGUAUCACAGAGUGGUCUGUGAACGGCUCGCCAAUUGACACACUGUGGGAAGUCAUGAGGAGACAAGGCACUACCCCUGCAUCUGUUGCCUUGGGCAUAAAGGAGGAACCGGGUCAGGAUGGUGGGAUUUCAUUGAACAGUCCAGGCUAUCAGUCCUCUGCCCUGUCCCGCAAGUCACCUCUUAACCUGCUUCACUCUGGCUCGCGUCUUCAUAAGCAUGGGCUGGGAAGCGUUGCCUUGUCCUCCACCUCACCUGUGGGGAAGAUUUUUGGAGUGCCUCCUCUGAAGAAGAAGGUGCUGGUGGAGGAGGGACAGCCAGGAGAGAGAGCACUGCUCAUCCAAUCUAAAAACUUCUCGCCUCCCCCACAGGACUAUUCCUUUAAGGGUAAAGCCUCAGUGGAGAAGCAUGUGGUAGGCCACAUGGAUGCCAGUUGUGAACUCUGUGGAUUCUACUUUGAGAACCGGAAGGCACUGGCCAGUCACGCUCGAGCACAUUUACGACAGUUUGGCGUGACGGAGUGGUGUGUAAAUGGUUCGCCUAUCGAGACGCUGAGUGCCUGGAUACGCAGCCGUCCACAGAAGGCAGCAGAGAUGCAGCAAAGUUAUGCACAAGGAGCCCGCUAUGCCCAAAAGAAAAGGUGCAGUUCCACUCUCUCACCAUCCUGUGACUCUGACUCUACAACUCCUGUUUCCCAAAAGCCCGCUGUGGCCAAAUGGGCAUCUCUCACUUUGCCUCAAAAGAGAGCAAUUGGACGGGAUGUCAACAGUUGUUCCUGGGGGUUGUCAUCACGGGGAACUGACGCAAAAAGCAGGAGUGGAAGUUCCACUCAGCAUGGCCUUAUUCCACAGCCUGGAGCUCAUCAUUCCAAUAAUGCACUUCCACAUGCGCAGGUGGCGCAUAGUGAACUCAACGUGCGUUUGCCACGAGGAUUUGAAAGACGGCCACUUAAACACCCAUCACAUGCUGAAGGAGGUGAGGGAGAGAGUGGCCCCCCAAAGCCUCGCUCCAGUACCGUUCCUGCCCUUGUGCCAAAGCCCCCCUCCACCCCACUGGUUAGACUUGUGGGUAAAAUUUACUCACUCAAGUGCCGGUUCUGUGACGUGGAGUUUCACGGCCCUCUCUCGGUACAGGAGGACUGGAUCAGGCACCUACAGCAGCACAUUCUCAAUCUUAACUACAACAAGACUGCUUCACCCGCAAACGACACUCCCGCCCAAAGUGACACUCCUGAUCCCAAGCCCCUAGUCUCAGCUGCUACCUCCACGUCAACUACGACCACAGCUCCCGCCACGACCCUGUCCACGCCCUCCCCAAAGCCCACAACUACGCCCACAUCAGCUUCCACACCUACACCCGCCCCCAGCCAAGCCUCCGCGGGGCGGCCGGCCACAGCAGAGCCAGUUCCUUCUCCUGCUAAUUAGGCCAUGUGUCCUUCCUACAUAUGUGUGAGAUGCCAUCAUCUUCACCAGUUAUUUCCAUGAUUUGUUUCUGUAUUACUCAUCUUUGAUUAUUUCAAUCUCUGAUCAAAGGGAGAGAUUUUUCGAAAAAUCUCAGCUAGCGACCCACUUACCCUGACCUACAUCGCAAGCAUCUGUUAUGAUUCAGGCGUGAGGUAGGUGUGUUGCCAUGACAGUUCUCAUCUCCCUUUUGUCUCGCAAGGAUGGACCGUUAUUUAUGAACAAGAAAAAGUCACAGUAUAAUGCAACUUUACAUUUGUUUUGUGGAUAAGCUUUGAUUGUUUCGAAAAGCAGAAUGAGUAUGUGGUGAGUUCAGUUCAGUAAGCUAUUUGGCCCUUAUGCCCAAUGACUAAUAUUUGUUGUUUAAAAUGAACUCAAAACUGAUUAGCUUACCAAAUGUAUUCUUAAAUUGUCGGCAAAUCAGAGAAUUACAAUCAAAACGGCACAGAUAUAAAGCUCAACCUUAAAUGGUUUUACUAUGAAGGACUUAAACAAAAGGCCUUGACCCUUUGAAACAAAGCUUAUCUGUUUCUAGCAUUUGCAAGUUCACAGUUUGUAACUGUUUUAGCUGUGAUAAUUGACUACAAGCCUGCACUGCCAUGCAGUUAUCAAAAGAUACGAGACGUUCGUUUUAAGCAGACACAGAUGGGUUUGUGUCCAAACGGGACAUGCCUUUUCUUUUCUGCAGUCCCACUGCAAUCUAGACGUUGAUAAUCUCAGUUGAGUCUUGCCACUUAGAGUUGAUGAUCAAAUUUGUCUGGAACCGAUUGCUGCUAAAUAUUUAAAUAAGUUAAGCACACUUAGUUAAAUGCAUCGUUUUAGCACAUGACCAACAAAAUGAGCAUGCAAAUUCUGUCAUGCCUUCCAGUUGUAUUCAACCAUACGUAUUUAUGCCUUUGUUGCUUUUUUGUAUGGCACAUUGUUUUGUAGCGCGUUUGCACAAGCUUAUGUGAUGCUUUGCAUAAUGCUUUGAUGAAUCCGAUCCUAGAUCGCUCCAUUUUCUCUCCAUUUAAUUCUGUGCUUGGCACAAAGUAAACUCUAAAUGAAACAGUCGACACAGCUGUCUAAAAGUCUUCUUUGCUGCUUUAUAAAUGAUACUUAAGCUUUCUGAGAAAUUGCCUUGGAACAAGUUGAUGGCCCGAAGUAUUUUAUGCUCAUAAAAGUCAAUUUUUUCCCAGAUGCAUUUCAAGAGAACCCAAAUUAUGGCUCAUCUGAAUGUUGAACGAACUGAAAUAUUUGGCUACACUACAUUUGAAUGUUUCACAAGAGUAAAAGGUUAAUGCACUUUUAUCUGCGAAGAAUUAAGGAGUGUUUGUAUAUAUAUACCGUAUAUAUAUAUAUAUAUAUAUAUACACACAUAUAUAGUUUUUGUUUUUCUGAGCAUAAAGUGCUAAGUCUAUGACAAUUUUUUCUUAAAGAUGUUUUUCCCUGUACCAAUUUGAAGGCAUUUUCACAAAAACGUAAACUGUAGAAAUUUGCCAGUGACAGAAUGUGCCAAAGAGAACGUCACGCAUGUCUUGGUAGCUUUAGCUUUUGCAAGUUUUUUGCAAGUCUGUUGUUUUGUCUUUGAGCAGCUGAUGGCAGCAGCAGAUUUGCUUGAAAAAAAAAAAUAUAUAGCAACUGACAGUUGUACUUUAUGAGUAUACUAUACAAGUACACCAUACUCGUGGUGCCAGGAAUUGACUAUGACGAUUUUUACCGCGAAUACGGUGACUGCCUCCCAAACAUACGAGUGCUUUUGGUUAAAUUUCCAUAUCUGCACAGGAAAGCAAUAACAAACUGGUCCACUAUGGAUGUUUGUUGCAGCUUUCACGACUUAACUCUUGACUGUUAGGCUUUUAGUAUUCCAAAAGGGAAUAUUAUUGAUAUAUCUAACCUAAAAUAUGUAUAGGCAAGAAGAAGAUAUUAACAGUUUAACACUUCAAAUGUGAUCUUGAUCAUUGUGAAUUUAUUUAGAUUUUUAAUGCUGUGUAUUUUUUAAUGAGACGUGCGUUCCUUUACUUGCAGUUACAUACCAGUGGAAUAGAUCAGUGUUUUACUUUUUAUUCUGUCAGUUUCUCUUUUAAGAUACAGUACAUUGGUGCUCAUGCGGACGAGUGGAUGUGAAUGGAUUUUUAAUUGAAGAUUGUUCCAAAGGGAGAUUGUCAAGUCCUUGCGCAAGGACUCUAAAAACGUGUCUCUUAAAUGCAACUGCUCUGUACAUUAUGUUCUUGGUUAGUUGGGUCAUUUUGUGACUGUUGCCCAGUUGGCAUGUGCUUUACAGCUGAUGGUGUACGUUCUCCUAAAGAUCUCCUCAGCUGGUUUAGACUGCGGUGUCUGUACAAGUAUUUGUGUGUAUGAGAGAGACGAAAAUACUUUUUGUGGCUGAAAGAGAGAAAUGCCAUGGAAUUGUUGACCAGAGGAAGAUUCGUGUGAAUCUGCUCUUGAAUGAAAAUCAUUAAAUGUGAUCUGAAAUCUCA